AUGGCAAGCACUGGCAUUCAAGACGCCUCCCCGACAAAUUUGUCCUCUGAGCGCACCCCGCUCCUUCCAGAGCGGCAGGACACAUUAAGCGGUGGAAGCCGAUUUUCCCCGCUGAUACUUCUAAUUCCGCUAGCUGUCGCGACACGUCUUACUUCGACACUGCCUACAACGACAUUAUUGGAGGUCAUCCAAUCCGUCGUCUGUCGGUUGUGGCUCGCGUCAAAUGGCAACUUGCCUCCAAGCGGGGAGAUACCUAAGGGACUAUGCGCAGUUCCAGAAGUGGAGAAAACAUACACAGCCGUCAUUUCAACCAUUUUAAUUGGCGAUGGGCUUGCAGCUAUGGUCGCAUGCAGUGUGAUCAGCCAUAUCAGCUCCAGACUCGGGAGAAAACCAGUUAUCCUUGGCACAGUUGCCGCUAGCUUUUUGGGAUAUUCUCUUAUGGUCUGUUCCCAGUACGUGUCUGGAUGGCUAGGAGCAAGUGUUCUGGUCGCCUCUCUAUUAGUGCAAUCAUUCAGCGGUACCAUGACUAUGAUGUUCAUUGUGAACAUCUAUACUGUUGAUAUCUCGAGUGCUGAGGAAAGAACGCCCAUUUUGAGUGCCAUCAAUGGAUGGGCUGUCCUAGGCCAAGCAGUUGCGUUUGCUAUCGGUGGACUCGUCACCACCAAGACCAAUAAUCCGCUAAUCGUCUAUUAUAUUUCUAUUUCCAUCCUUGGGGCAAUAUUCCUCUACGUCUUAGCUCUGCUCCCCGAAUCAUUUCCAAAAGAAAAACGUGAUGAACUGCGUCGCCAGCGCCUUGCUCAGCAGAAUGUGGAAGCCAGCGCCCGUCGAAAUUUAUCAAGCCGCCUCAUAUCUACGAUAACCAUUAUGUUUGAACCUUUGAAACAGCUUAUUCCUGUCCGCAAGGCAGAUGGGAAACGAAACUGGCGAGUAGUGUAUUGUGCCAUUCAUAUUGUCAUCGCGAUGCUUGCGGACUCGUAUGCGUCGGCGGCCCUUUUGUUGUUGUACACAACGAAAUACAGCUACAACUCUGCUCAGACCGGAAUCGUGUUGACGACACUGAGCUUGAGCGCUGUGUUCUCUCUUACAUACGUGAUACCCUCGCUGAUUCGCGUACUACGUCCGGUAUACACCAGGAAGGUGUUUCUUCUCGAAGACCAACAGGACCCUAUCGAUGAUACUGCUGUAUCUACGUCGACAGACCUUCUCGAUGUCCAUAUCACCUUCGCCUCCUGGGUCAUCAGUGCCGUUUCCUAUGUCAUGGCGUCUGCGACGACGACUCAUCUUUCACAUCUCAUAGCCGUGGCCGCUGUCGGUUUCAGCGCAGCACACAUUCCCAUCAUUCGAAGUCUCGUGGUGUCAUCUGUCGACCCCUUAAAACAAGGAGAGGUACUAGCUACAAUCGAAAUGAUGUCAAGCAUUGGAGCUUUUCUGUCUCCUCUUGUCAUGGGCGGCAUUUUUACUGCCACAAUCUCGACUCAACCGAUGUUGGUGUUCUAUAUCCAUGCGGCGAUCGUGAUCGCGGCUGCGUCGCUACUCCUUCUCGUAAGAGAUUCUGAUCGUUAUCAGAAACCAUCGGACACAACACCGAUAUAA